AUGGCCCCGUUUUCUGGACUACUGACGGCUGAGCUGCCAAUAUUCAAGGCUGGCAACGUAUCUGCCGGUGACGAUGUUUCACAACACAAGGUGGACCAAGAUACAGCGCUUGUGGCAAGACAGCUCGCUUUCAUCAACUUCGUGACAGUUAUGGCGGUUCUGCUCGUGUUAGCCUUCUCGAAUGAGUCGAUCCCCGGGCUGGAGAGGCUGUUGUCUCUGCUGGACAUCGCAUUGACGGUGGCGUGGGCGUGCGUAUGCUGGAUCCCGCUGGAGCUGAACUCGCACUAUGCAUGCCAGGGGAGUGAUCAUGAAGUGAUGAUCACAACUAAUAUGGGUGGCAGGCGAGCCAUGUGGACGCCGGGGUUGCAUACAAUAUUGGAGGUGGCCGAGUCAAAGUAA